UCGCCAGUCCUGCACUCUCGCUCCGUUCUUACUCAGUUCCUUCUCCGAUCAGAUAUACCCUAAUCUCAUAUUUAACGCAAUCGCACGGCUAAUAUAUUUGAAAAUAAUUCUACAUCGCUCUAUAACAGUUCUCUCCGUGUUUAUAAGCUUCAACAAAUCUCCAUCGUCGUCGAUCGGCUUUAUCUCCAGUUUUUUUGUUAGGUUUUUUUUUAAAUUUCGUAGGUCUUAAGUACUCCUUUCCGUCCCAGGCCUCUCGGCUUGUCUCCGUCUCCAGCGUCUCGACUCCUAUCCUCGGCGGCGUUUCGAAGUAUCGGUGAACUCUCGUCCCCCGUUCGUCGGUGAAUAGAUGAUUUGUUCGGCACUUUGGCUUCAUCAGUACAUCGACAGAACGAACUCUCCUCCUCUUUGGCGUCUCAAACUCUCGGUGAAGUCUAGAACAGCCGUCUUCAUCAGUGCAUCGAAUCUGACCCUGUAGGCUCUCUAAAUUAUAAAAGCUUGAAGAUGAGGAAUUUGCAGCUUUCACUGAAUCAAACCCAAAAGAUAAGACUACAAACUGCUCUUGAAAAGCUAGAGUCUUUCUCUUCUAAGUCCAACUCUAACUCCUGUGUCACAGUUGCUGAUAGCAUCCACAUUUACGAAAAUGGCAUUCUGAAGGGCCAUGGAACAUCAGAUCGUAAGGGUGAGCUGGUUGCAACAGUUUGUGGAGUAGUUGAGCGAAUCAACAAGUUGAUAUAUGUGCGGACUUUACGUUCCAGAUACAAGCCAGAGACUGGAGACAUUGUGAUAGGACGUGUUAUUGAGGUUGCUCCGAAGCGGUGGAAAUUGGAAAUAAAUUUCCAACAAGAUGCAAUUUUGAUGCUUUCUUCAAUGAAUUUACCUGAUGGAAUUCAGAGGCGGAGAACUGCUGUGGAUGAACUAAAUAUGCGCAGUAUUUUCACAGAGAAUGAUCUUGUGUGUGCUGAAGUUCGUAGUUCCCAGAAUGAUGGCAGUUUACAACUCCAAGCAAGAAAUCAGAAAUAUGGAAAGCUUGAGAAGGGCCAAAUGCUGAAGAUUGAUCCCUAUCUAGUGAAGAGACGGAAACAACAUUUUCACCACCUGGAAGAGUAUGGAGUUGACUUGAUACUUGGAUGUAAUGGGUUUAUCUGGGUGGGUGAACAUGUCGAAACCAGAGAUAAGAUUGUAGCAGAUCAAUUAAAUGAUUCUGAACAGCCAGCAAAGAAAUCUGAUGGAAUUACCACGGAUCUUGAUGAACAAGUUGAAAAUCAGACCCCACCCGAAACUAGGCAAAACAUAUGCAGAAUUGCUAAUGCCAUUCGUGUCUUGUCUACAUUGGGCUUCAAUAUAACUUUAGAAGUGAUCAUGGAAACAGUGAACUUGAGCAAGACCAUGAAUCUUGACGUUCAUGAGAUGCUUGGAUCUGAGUUUUAUGUUCUCGUUGCAGAAAAAGAGGCAGAAAGGCGAAGCUCAUUUAGCAAGAGAAAGAGGUGAUUUUGGCAUGAAGUCUCAAACCAGAUGUUUGGAGAAUGUUGGAUGGGUCUUGAUUCGAUGAGAAGUGAAAAAGGAAGAAUUAUUUGUGUUCAAGUUGUUAGCUUAAAUGUAACAUGUAUUAACCUUGUCCUGUUGUCGUUAUUUAUCUUUAGAAGUAGAUGGCAACCAAAUUCUGGUCGGUUAGUUUGAUCUGAUGAUUUACACAUCAAAAUUUUUUAGUAGUCUGAUCGGGGCUCAAUAAAUUUCCUCCAGGUUUCGCUAAAGUACAAUAGAACCCACAAAUAUUAGAAUGUGUUUCAAAUAAGAAAAAGUUAGCUUGUGUUUCG